GACAGUUUCACAUGCAAUGCUUCUUUUAUGUUCAAAAAUUUGCGCGGAAUUUUUCACAAACAAAAUACAUAAUUUAUUCAUCACAUACAUUCGUAAUUAAGUUAAUAUUUUAAUAAAAAUAAGAAAAUAUAAAACUUUACAAGUGAUUUACUAUCAUUACUUUAUUUUUAAUUAUAAUUAAGCUAUGGAAGAUCCAGUAUUUAAACAAAAGUAUCAAAAAUAUAAACUUCGUGUGAAAUUAUGGGAAAAAGACUUUAAAAAGAAACAUGGCAGAAUACCUUCCAAAUACGAUAUACGAGAAGCUUCUCAGGAGAUAAGAGACUCGUAUAAAAUGUAUUACAAAUUGAAGACAUCAUUUUUGGAAGAUACUCUGAAUGAUGUUUUGUCUGAUGACGGUUUCGAUGUUUUGGAAAUGUCUCAAAGGGAUGGUGAAAUGGACGUUAGUUUAACGGAAAGCAUUAACGGUGGACCCCAAUUGCCCUUAGACAUAUCAAAAUUGGUAGAACAGCAACAGGACGAAGGUGAUUCCCAGGAGCACUGUAAUGGUUUCUCAAACAUACAAGAGUUACCAAGUGGUUAUGCUCUGACAAACUUGGCAAACAGAAAUGAAAAUCAUGUUUUAAAGGAAUUUGAGCCGGUAGAAGUCCUACCGCUAAACGAUAAAGCCUGGGGCCCAAAUGUUGCCAUGAAACCAGAAAUUAAGGAAAAGAAAGAGCUGCCGCGCAAGAGUCUAAAGCCAAACUUUAAAGAGAAACUAUUUCAGAAUACCUCUUUUUCUAAAAGAAAUCCUCGAAAAUCCUUAUCAAAAUCUGCGCUAGACAAUUCAUUACGUGGUAGUCAGACUAAUUUAAGUGACACUUUGAAUACCAGUAACAAAGAAGUGCUUCCUGAUUUAGAAACGAUAUUGCUACAGAAAGCCAAGGAGCAGCAAGCAGCAGCCAUAAUUGCAGCAAAUCCCCUUUUAGCCGCUGAAAAAACUAAGGAAAACAUAAAAACCCAAGUAGAUGAAGGAUGGCUUGAGCGGAAUGCUGUUCAGAAUGGCAUCAAAACAAAAGUAAACAUAAUGAAAAAUGUGCAAAAAGUGGAGGAGAAUAAUAAUCAAAGCUCUCCAACUCCCAAUAGAAAGUCUAUCUACGGUUUAUCAAAUAUUGAUGUGUCUAAAUUUCAAACAACUCCUGCGGACACACUAACCGUGCCAACACCCACAGAAACUAAUCAAAUAUCGCCAAAUAAUUUCAACUCAAACAUGGAAAUUGAAACUACAGAAACACCAUACUUUCAAGAAAUGCCACUAGACCAAACCAAAAAGACUCAAGCGGAAAAUAACAAAUCUCAUGAUUCUGAUUCCAUAGUAGAUGAUAGCGAGGAAGAGAAAGAACCUCAGGAAUAUCGACAUAUAGUUAAAAGAAGGAGAAUUAUUGCAUCAACAUCGCCCAAGGCUGUUGAGAAAAUAAACAACAGUCAUACAGACAAACCAGACGUGCAACAAGAUGUGGAAAAUUCAGUCCCUGCUGAUGUUGAUUUGGAAAAAGAUUUCUCACCAGAUAGUGAAAAAGAUGAUGAAGAUUAUGUUCAGGAAAAGCCUAAAGUCAGACGGAAGAAAGCUGUAGCCAAAAGGAAAACAUCAGCUAAACCGAAAGCCUCUCCAAAGAGCAAAAAAACAAAAGAAAAAUCUCCGAAAGAGAAAAAGCCUAAGGCAGCUACUAGAACCUCUAAAAAGAAAGCAAUUAAAAGUGAGGAGUUGCCGGAUGAAGAGGAAUUAGAAACGCAACCACUUAAUCCCGAAGAUCUUAAAUACACAUUAGCAUUAGAAAGAGGUGACAUAACCUCUGUACCCCGCAUUAAACAGACUGAUUUAGAUAAGGCCGACAACUUAGCUCAACAGUAUAUAAACACCAUGGCACCAAUGCCAGGUACCACUCCAUCCUCAAGACCUAUACCGGUAACAGCUGCUGAGGAGAAGAGAGCUGCUGCCAGACGUAAGUUGGAGGAAAAGGUUGCCAGUGGUAAACUAAAUGAAAAUUUCGUUACCAUAAAUAUACAAAAGAAAACCUUUGUGCGAGGUAAAAAGUCCGUCAAUUAUUCGAAAUAUAAAAAGAAAUUAUGGAAACACAAAAAACAUAUUGCCGCUUUAUCGGGUCCAAAUAUGGAUAUGGGUGGUUGUGAUGGUGGUACAUUAAAGUGUUUCAACUGUGGUCAAGCUGGUCAUUUUGCUCAGAAUUGCAAAGUAAAGGGGGAUUCUCUCUUACCAUUAACGGCUCAACUGGAAGAAGAUCCCUCCCCAUUUCCAACGCUAGAAGAGGCCGAACGUAUGGCCAGCCAGUCGGCAGUUGCAGUGCACAGUCGAAACAUAGCUAAAUUGCCCCAAGCUGCUAAUGCUGCAAUAUACAAUCAACUGGAACAAAGCAACAGUGAUGAUAACGAGAGUGAUGAGGUGAAGGUCUGCGCUAACAAUAGCGAUACAGAAGGCGGUAGCGACGACGAAGAUCAGCAGAAAGGCGACGAAGAAAUACUAAUGGAAACUGACGAUGAAUUGGAAGACUUUGAUGUCGAUUUGGCAACUUUGGAAAGCCAGAAGACAAUAUCGCCUAUAAAGAAAUAUGUCGGCUCUAAAAUACCGGAUGAAUUCCUCAAGGCAGCUGGCAUUGACCCAACCAAUCCAAACUCAAGCAAUUCUACCCAGUUUGGUGGUGUUGGUCCUCUGUAUGACCUCAAUGCUGAUGGCAGUGUUAAAGAACUAACUGACGAAGUAUUAGAGGCUCUUAAAAUGUUUGGUCAUACCAACUUUCGCAAGGGUCAAGAUCGUGCAGUAAUGCGUAUAUUAUCAGGAAUGUCAACAUUGGUGACUUUAUCCACUGGCAGUGGAAAAUCACUGUGUUAUCAACUGCCAGCAUAUCUAUAUUCCAAACAUAAAAAAUCUAUAACUUUGGUCAUAUCACCAUUGGUAUCCUUGAUGGAAGAUCAAGUAACGGGGGUACCCCAUUUUUUGCGUGCACAUUGCUUGCAUACCAAUCAGACACCUCAGCAAAAGGUUAAAAUUUUGAAAAUGAUUGCAGAUGGGGAAAUUGAUGUUCUGCUCGUGUCACCGGAAGCCGUAGUGGCAGGAGAACGUUCAACAGGAUUCGGUUCUAUAUUGAGACAACUACCUCCCAUUGCAUUCGCCUGUAUAGACGAAGCUCAUUGUGUCUCACAAUGGAGUCACAAUUUUCGUCCCAGUUAUUUAAUGAUUUGCAAAGUGCUCAAGCAAAAUUUAGGUGUAAAAUGUGUGUUGGGGUUAACUGCCACCGCUACGCUUCCCACACGUAUGAGUAUCAUAAAUCAUUUGGGUAUCACUGAUGGUGAGAGGGGUAUAAUUAGUGACAUACCAUUGCCCGAUAAUUUAAUAUUAUCCGUGUCGAAGGAUGAAAAUCGUGAUUCGGCUUUGUUGCAGCUGUUAUUGAGUAAGCGUUUCGAAACAUGUCAAUCCAUUAUAAUCUAUUGUACUCGGCGCGAUGAAUGCGAACGUAUAGCAGGAUAUUUGCGUACUUGCUUGCAGGAUCGAAAAGUACCCGAACCAGAAAAUGGUAAAAAGAAACGUAAACGAGUCAAUUGGCAUGCAGAACCAUAUCACGCUGGCAUGCCGGCUUCAAGAAGACGCACCAUUCAAAAUGCCUUCAUGAGCAACGAACUGCGUAUUGUCGUUGCUACUAUAGCCUUUGGUAUGGGUAUUAACAAGCCCGACAUUCGUGCUGUAAUACAUUACAACAUGCCACGAAAUUUUGAAAGCUAUGUACAAGAAGUGGGUCGUGCUGGUCGCGAUAAUAAAAUCUCACAUUGUCAUCUCUUUUUAGACGCCAAUGGCGGCGAUCAAAACGAGUUGAAGAGACAUAUAUAUGCCAAUUCCUUAGAUCGCCAUGUUAUUCGCAAGUUAUUGCAGCGUAUAUUUGUGCCGUGUUCCUGUGAUAAAAAUCUAAAAGAUGGUGUCCUUAAAUCAUCUUCUACUGGAGAAGAUCAAAAUACGUCCAACCAAGUAGAAGUGGAUGCCUCAGAUUUUGGUGAAGAAGGAAAAUCCAAAGCUAGAAAACAUGUAUGCCCUGGUCAUGAAAUUGGUUUUUCUAUAGAAAAAACAGUGGAGGCUUUAGAUAUACCUGAAGAAAACAUAUCGACACUUUUGUGCUACAUGGAAUUAGACAACCGAUGGUGUAUAAACGUUUUAAGCAAUGCUUAUAUCAAAGCUAAAGUUAUAUCGUAUGGUGGACCAAAGUAUCUUAAACACGCGGCCAAAGAAUGUCCACCAUUAGCCAUGGCUAUUGCAAUGGAAAUAAAGAAUGGUUCGUUUAAGGAAGACGCUAAUAUUAUAGAAUUUUCAGUAGUUGAUGUUGCCGCCGCUAUCGGAUGGAACAGUGGUGUCGUUAAAUAUCAAUUAAAAAACCUGGAAUGGGUGCAAGUUAAUGGUUACUCCAAACGCUCACCAAUAACUGUCAGUUUCUAUGAUUUGGGUUUCCGUAUAAAGGCUCCAGGAGAUUUUACCGCCGAGGAAAUUGAUGAUGCUCUAGAUACACUCUAUAAUCGUUCCGUUAAGCAGGAACAAACUCAGCUAAUACAACUACAAUAUGUUUUUCAAGGUUUAUCCUCUGUGGCAUACAAUUCCUAUGGUCCCUGUUGUAAUGAAACAUUUUCUCAUGAUCGUUCCGAUCAGUUAAAGGGCAUCAUUCGUGAUUAUUUCCGUAAUGAUUAUCCUAAAAACUUGAAAUUGGAAAUAGAUCCCUCCAAUAUUUCCGAUGGAGAACUAGAAUCUGACGUUAUAGCCCUUAUAAAUAUGUAUCCUGAAAAUAAUUUUAGUGGCCGCAACAUUGCUAGAAUCUUUCAUGGUAUUUCAAGUCCCAAUUAUCCAGCCGUGAUGUGGUAUCGCUGCAAAUUCUGGCGUGUUCAUUCGAAAACCGAUUUCAAUCGUAUUGUACAAUUAGCCAAUAAUGUUAUUGUUAGAAGACGUACUUGAAAUUCAUUUGAACUGUGUUUGUAUGUACUGUGUUAUAGUGUUUCGUUUAUUUCUGUUUAAAAUUUUUGUGAAAUGUUCUUAAUAUUUAAAUAUAUAAAAAUUCAUAUUAAGAAAACGUAAAUUUAUUUAAAUAAAAAAGUCGUUAACUAAUAAAAAUUUUACGGUUUUCUUAACAAGAAUUAAAGUAACAUUUUUCGAUUAUUUGCGAAAAUAUUUAUUUAUAUAACAAAUUUUUGUUUUUAGCAAGAUUAUUUAUUAGAAAAAAUAUUUUAUUUUGUGUUUGCAAUUGUUUGUAUCAACAAAAACUAAAGACAACUUAUUAAAUAAAUACAUUCGCUUUUAAAAACAA